AUGGCUAUCAAGAAACACAGCAAAUCAAAGAAAUCGAGACGACCAGUUGUCAUUCUUGACAGAGGUGGCUCAGACCUUACAUCAAACAUUCCACUUGGUCGAUCUUCUUCAAGCACGACUGGGCCAUUAACACGACACUACAAUGUUUUUCUAGGCUCCAAGUUGAAAGCUCUCCAGCUUCAAUCAUAG